GCGUCGUGGUCUUGCUGGACAGAAUGUGUCGCAACGAGCACCUCAUGUCGUACUCGAAUGUGUCGUGCUUUGUGUCGUAGUUUACGACACAUCCGACACAUUUUUACUUAGUGUGAACGAUGCCAUUAUUUACGUCGUCACGCAUGGGAGGAAAGAAAGAAUUAAAAAGAGCGGUUGAUAUAUGUGCAUCUCGAGUUGGAUUACACGUAUAAGAAAUGCAUAAAGUAUAAAGACGAAACAAGAAUGUAUAAGAAUAAAUAAGUAAAUAGCUUGUUAGAGUACUCUCUAACACAUUCGAUAGGGUUUAUGAGAAUGCAACGUAUGAUACACCCUUUUAAAGUUGUUCAGUCGUAUAAACACUAUGAUAAACCUUUCGGCACGUGGUGUACCCAUUUGAUAAACCUUUUUAUUUCGUCUUUUUAUGGGUAGAUAAGAGGGUUUAUCGCAUGCUACUAAACGGUUGAAAAAGGUAUAUCAUAUGUUGCAUUUUCAUAAACGCUUUUAACGUUUAUCAUUCGGCGCUUUUUUGAUCAGUGUAGGAUUGGGAGUGCACGCUAAAGGAAGAUACAUUUACAGACCCACUCACGCUCACCAAUCCGUACCCUCACGAGGAACCAUAUCUGCUGUGUUUGAAGACCUCGUCGAUAUCCACUGCCUUUAUCAGUUUUUAUCUUCAGAGCUAUAUGGUUGCAUAAAGAAACGAGUAUGGCUACUGCUCUGCAUGUCGAAGCUUGUGUACGAUGCACUGAAACAUAUAGUCGAACGCGUUUGUCUCUGUGUCGAUGUAAUCAUUGUUCGAAGGCACUUUGCUUCGACUGCAUCAAAGAGCACCAUGAUGAGUUGCUUCAAAAUAUCACUCAACUUUCCCAUCGAUUUAAUGAAGUGCAAGAACUGUGCAAGGCAAAACAGCAGAUGAUUGAGAAUGAAGCGUUACAAACAGUCAUUGAAAUUGACCACUGGUAUAGUAGAUUACUCGAGACGAAAAAGACUGUUGUUUAAAAUAUUGAACAAUCAAGAAAAGAUGGCCAGGUAAUGUUCACAUAUUUUAGUUUCCUCAUUGUUCGAGUUUUUGAAAUUCAUUUUAUAGGCUCGUGUUUCAAAGCUUCUGUCGAACUUACAAGUGGUAUCUGCUGACAUUCAAGGUCUUACCAAACAAAUCAUUUAUGAGCCAACGCGAACGGCUAACAUAUUGGAAGAGUUUGGUACAAUUGAGCUAGAUCUAAAUAAGCUAGUGAUUACUAAAAAAUUGGAUCUGCCAGAGAUAACACCCAAAGGUGAAUUGCAAUUCGAAAGCAUUAUUGGUCCAACUAUAAAUACAGAAGGCUUAGUUCAAUCUUGCUUAACAACACCAUUCAAUGAUAACAAUGAGACAGCAGCCAAAGAUGAUCCGAUUAACUUAAGUCCAUGGAACGAAAAUUCUCUUGCAGAUGAAAGCUUACCAGUUGACCUUAUUUCAACAACAUAUCCGGUCGAUUGCUUGGCUAGCGACGGAUUCAACGUGAUGUACACAAGUACUGACACUCCAUAUAUAAUUGCCUACUGCCAUUUGGGAAACAAUGAAGAAGAAGAUCCACAUCGUGUUUGGUAUCAACCGCGUGUUCUUGACAUGAUCUACUGGAAAACUAUCGACAGAUUUGUUUGUGCUACCAACAAAGGAGUCUAUACGGUCGAGUAUAAUAACGGGAAGUUCAAAAUCCUACAUGCGAUUCGAAGCAAUACUUGGGACGAUGUACGCGUGGCGGCAAAUGAGAAUGAUCUGUGGGUAUGGCUUAAUCCUGGUAAGCGUGGUUCCGAUUCCAUUGAAAUCUAUUCAAACGCUUUUGAACAUACGCGUACGAUUAAAUUUGGAGGAUCGAUACCAGAUUCGUUCAGACGUGGAAUAAGUUUUUCUGUGGCAAAUAACUGCGUAGCAUCGAUUAAUACUCGUCCACAAAAUAAUGGGGAAGUAGUGCAGAUCAAUGUCUUAGAUCUUGAUAUGAAGCGUCUCAAAUCACAAGAUUUAGGUAGCUGUACUGGUUUGGUACAGAUUCGUACAGACGGAUACAACCAAUUUUUUAUUACUACUGGACAAAGAAGUGUUCAUUGCGUUUCAGUGCCUGGAAAGAAAAGCAUCAUUGCUAUAGAAUAUUCAGGCAAUACCAUCGCUGUAGUCAAUCGGCAAUGUCUGGUCAUUGGUGAUUCGAAUCAUGACUUAGAGCUAGUAGAGAUAUAA